AGGGAGGAGGAGGCCAUGGCUAAUUAAGCAAGCAAUCGAACGGUCGCGGAGGCUGCUGUACACGUGACGCGUGGCAGUUCUUGGCAGUGCUGUGCGUGCUGGAGCCGGUCAGUGCGGGGGGCGUCGAUCAAGGGACUAAUCGAACGCAAGCAAUCGAAAGGCGGGAUGCUGUUCACGUGGCACGUUGAGUGUGAGCGAUAGCCGACCGCCGAGCGGGCCCAUCAAUCGGACGGCGUGAGGUUGUACACGUGGCGUGCUCUUUGUGAGCGAUAGCUGGCCGCCGAGCGGGCCCAUCAAUCGAACGGCGGGAGGAUGUACACGUAGCACAUUCUCUGUGAGCGAUAAAGCCGCGCGCAUCUACAUCUGCAUCACAUCUACUACGUUUGAGUUCUGCCACAUCAUGUCACUAGAGCCGGGAGUUGGACAUGAUGAUAAACGGCAAUGAAGAGCACGAAUCGCAAUCAGAAGUUCUGCUUGACCAUGGCGAUGGUGGAAUGGCGUUGAAGAGCACGAAGAGCGCACGAAGAGAGCGCGACGAGAGCGCGACAAGAGCGCGACGAGAGCGCAAGGAGAGCGCGAAGAGAGCGCGCAGCAACCAGGAGCCUGCUUGACUAUGGUGAUGGUGGAACGAGUGUGGAGAGCGCGAACAGAGCGCAAAGUGCGCGCGAAGAGAGCGCGAAAAAGAUCAGCAAACGAAGUGAGAGAGCUGAGAAGAAGAGAAUGGACAGGAACUGCAUGAAUGUCUAACUUGUUCAAGUUUGUCGUUUUGCGUUCGUGGUGCAAUGGAAUCGAAUCGAACGGGGCGCGCGGCUUGGGCUGCGCAAGAAGAAGGGAGAAGGAGAUGAAGAAGAUAAACGAUGAAGAUUGACGAGUGAGAAUGAGGGGGCGCGGUGAGGGGAGAGAGGGAUGAGACUCCCAGGAAGCAGAGCAGAACGAAGCGGCAUCAUCAUGAUGGCAGGGCUCGCUGUCGGCUUACGGCAUCUCUCUUCUCCCGCGCACUCACAAACUACCGGCGCAAUCCGCAGAUCGACGGGCUCCGCGCAAUCAUCCGCACCUCACCUCGCUAUGGCUAGUGGGCAAAGGUGGUAUGGAGGGGGAGGAGAAGAGGAGGAGGGAAGAAGAGCAACAGUAGCGGCGUCGGUCGGGGGCCAUGGAGGUGAUGCUGGUAUGUUUCUUAAAUUACUUCACUCGGUGGGAUAGUGCAGAAAGCUAGGCCGGGCGGGCUUCGCUUUGAACUCUCUGCGGUAUUGGAAGAACCAAGUGCUGGACAGAGGAAGGAUAAUACCGUAGAGAGUCCAGAGACUAUGAUGCCAAUGACAAUGACCUGCCAAGUUCAUGGAGGAGAGAAAAACGUGCAGAUAAUAGCGAAUUAAAAUUUUUCCUCUGCCUUCAAUAUGAGGUGCAUGCUGCAGAUUGCAGAUCCGUCAUGAUGAUCGUCGGAUCAUGUCGUGUUUUGGCAAUACGCGCGAGAGUCUGUCUAGUGGAAGUGCUCCUCCGCCUCAGUGCUUCGGGUAUGUUGGAGUCGUUGAAAAACUAUCUUGUGAGUGGAUUACGACGAAAGUCGUUGAAAAACUAUCUUGUGAGUGGAUUACGACGAAAUCAGAAUUGGAUUCGACGCGGUGAUGAUGACGAUGACGUAGAGGCGGGGAGAUGUAAUGGAAAGAUUCGUGGAUCAUACACGUGGCACCAGCCACCGUCCGACACGUGGCAAACCGUCAGGAGUGUUCGCUUGAUUGAGAACGAAACGGCAAAUGGACAUCAUAUGCUGUUGUCGAGUAGAAGGAUCAUCUUCGAUCUGAGUUCAGUGCUCUCUAGACUUUCUACUACUCUUGUGUGUGUGCGUGUGUGUGGGUGGGUGUGGUGAUAGUGCCUAUGGCUGCCAUUGAUUGCCUGACGUCUUUGAAUCUUUGAUCGAGAUGUGGCGGGCACGUGGCGACCACGUGGCAGACACGUGGGACGAUCCAGUUUAUGCAUUUCUGUGUUCUCGGCGUUUCAUGAUCAUCCUCGGCCAACUUCGGCAACGUGGCGACCACGUGUUCACAGACAUGCGCACAAACUCGACAGCGACACAGAGAGAGAGAGAGAGAGAGAGAGAGAGAGAGAGAGAGGCGCGCAAGUUUGAUUGAUGAAGAUCUUCGCUGGGGAAAAGUGGGAAGGGCGGGCCGCCAGGCGUUCUUCGCAGGCAACCUGUUUUCCUCUCGAAGCGCGCCGAGUCUGUAAUCAGGACAAUGACGAUGCUGAUAACUGUGACGGGCUACAGCUGCGCAGUUACUCGGCGUGAGUUUUCAGGAUUUUUUUUUUCUCUUCAGGGAAGAUCCAUCGCUCUCUGCUGUCCUCUCCUCUUCUGGUCCAAUUGACACCACUGCUUAAUUUUCCUCAUUGAUGAGAGCGAGAGAGAGAGAGAGAGAGGUCUUUGUGUGUUUGGGAGACAGCGGAGCUUGGUCUCUCUGUGAAUUUUUACGCGUUGUCUAUAUAUUUUUUGUAGCAGAAGUGGAUACGUGGAGGUGUAAUUUCAACGCAAUAUGUUUCUCUUACUUGUGAUUUGGACAAUAAGAGUCAUAGAUCGAUAAGAUAAAUCGACGUGUUUCUUCAAGAAGGAGGGGAGGGGGGGGGGGGGGGGGGGGGGGGGGGGGGGUGCAGGGACAGGAGGGGAUUGCUGUCCUUCGGUGUAUAGGCACACAUCUUUUCUUCCUGCUGUCUACGCUGUGUAUAGCAAAUUUCUUUCGUCCUGGAGAUUUCGUUUUUUUUUUUUUUUGGGGGGGGGGGGGGGGGGGGUUGCCCGGCCUUUACGGGAAAAUGCAGGGAAACCCGGAAGGAGAGGAGGACACACUCUCGGAGGGAGAGGGGGACAUUGAUGAGCAAGCUUUUGCGCUUGAGAAAAGACGGGUCAGACGACGUCGUUCCUCGAGGCGUUGUCAUAGAUAGAUUUCAAAAUUUUCCACGGAAGCAAUUAUUCAUGUAAAACGUGUCAUUACAUUUUUCAAAAUUUCCAAAAUUUUUAUUAUUCGGAUCCAAGUGCGGAAUCGUUCGUCGCAAAAUUUGACG